AUGAUGAUGUUAUCGAUCAAUAUUUUGGUUGUCUGUCUAAUAGGAUUUUCUAAUUAUGUUCAUGGUCAAGGUGAAGGUAAAUGUGAUGCUGCUAUUGAUCUUACUCUUUUAAUCGAUUCAUCCAGAAGCAUUUCUUCUGAGGAUUUUAAAAAAGGCAAAGAAGCACUAACUGAUAUUGUUAAUCGACUUAAUAUUGGUGUAAAAAAAGCUGGUGUAGCGAUUAUUAAUUAUGCAUCAAAUUUAUCACUUGUUGCUCAAACUAGCGUAUUUGAAUUUGAUAAAGGAGAGAUAAUCAAACAGAUUAAUGAACUUUCACAUUUUCGUACGAAUACAGCAACUGGUAAUGCUUUAGCUUUAGCCAAAAAGUAUUGUGAAGUAAGAUGUCGAAGUUUAAGUAAAGGAAUUCCACGAAUUUUUGCUAUAUUUACUGAUGGUCAUAGUAAUGAAGGUCAACCAGUAAUAUCUGCUGCUCAAGCAUUACGUAAUGCACCAAUUGAAGGCGAAGUUUUUGCUAUAGGUAUAGGAAAUAUUGGUCAAAAAGGUCGAGAUGAAUUAAUUGGAAUUGCUGGUGACAAAGCAAAUGUUAUGAAUAUUGAUUCUUAUCUUGACUUAAUUGGUCUUUCAAAUGCUAUUGCAACGGAAUUGUGUACAUUUCCAGCUUUUAUUUCACCUGAGACAAAAACUCAAACUAAAGUAACAGGAAAUAAUACUCGAUAUUAUAAAAUGCAAACAUUACAUAACGUACAAAAAAGUGGUUUUUUUGAAAUUGAAGUAAAUGAUAUAGAAGGACAAAGUAUUAUAUAUACAUCGACAACCAAUAGAAAACCAACAUCAUAUUCAUCAAAAAGUGUUAGUAAACGUAGUGCAAAAGGAAGCAAUGUCUAUACAACAUAUGUACCAGCAAAUGCAAAAAAUUUUUACUUUAGUGUUAAAGGUGUUAAAUCAACAAUAAAUAAAUCGGAUUUCGUUGUACAUGUUCGACCGCUUGACUUUUAA